UCAAAGUUAGAAAAUAACAACAACAACAACAAAGGCAAAGCAGAAGAAGUAAGAAGAGGAAGACGUCGAUACUGACGUAGAAUAAAAGCACAAUCCGAGUGAGUGGUAGAAGACGACAACAUCAAAAGACAGAAGCGGCGUCCAUUUCUAUUCCCUCAUACUUCGUAUCCUCUCUCGCUUUCCCUGUUGCUCUCUCGCGAGUCACGUUCUAUGCGUUUUUUUCCUUUUCCAAUAACAAUCUUUGACAAUUGGCGCAAGGAAGGUGACGACCAUUGCCGAGAGACUGCGAGAGACUAAUGAGAAGAAGAAAGUAAACUAAACAGGCAUAUCGAGUCGUUUGUUUGUGGUUGUUGUUGUUGCAUGUAACGAGCCUACGACAACAACAACAACAUACAGCAACAGUAACAACAACACGGCAACAUACAAAGGCAACAAUCAAACGCACCUAAUCAAACGUGUUUCAAAAUUAUAAACAACAAAAGAUACAUUUUUGAGCGCGCCGACUACUCUUCCUCCUCCCCCCCUACUCACACACCUAUACAAACAAACAAUUAACAUUUUGGAGCUGCGCUUCAUUAACAACCGUCAGCAACAACUAGAGAGAAAAAGAGGAAAGCACCUCAAUUCUAGAUAUAUGUAUGACUACCAGACAGUGGCGAAAUUCCAGGAAACUCUAGGAAAAUAUUCAACAACUAAACUAACGUUUAACGCUCGACUAAAAACAAUAAAAUAAUAAUAAAAAGCAUUCCAACUGACGAUAAAAAGUAAAUCAUACGCCACACACUUGAUUUGUGUUUUUGUUAAAGCAACACAGGAGCGUACGUGAGCAGUGACGUCAAUAAUGACAAUGAUUACUUAGUGGGCAAGUGCCCAUAAUAUAAAACCCAAUACCUUUACAUACAUACAUACAUAUGUAAAUAUGCCGUUAAUAUUGAGGAAAAUGGAUUUAUCCUUCUGCCUGCCCAAGUAUUUGAGGGAUUUAUUCAGAGAGCGCAUAAAGGUUCAUAGAGCCGUUGCAAAUCAGCGAUAUAAACUCUGUAACGACUACAUCAACUACGUGGAAGCAAAAACAUUCCGAAAAAUUGCGCCACAUGAAUUAUUUUGUUGCAGUUGUAAUGCAACAAGAGGAAGACAACAACAACGCGAUGAGCAACAUGCUGGAAAGACAUUUUGCUGCAGUCGGAACACGAAAAGUAAACAACAACAACAACAAGAACAACAACAGCAACAGCAACAACACAUGGUCGUUAGUACAAAUGACAAUAACCAAAAACCAAAUGCAACAACAACAACAACAACAGUAACAAGGAAAGAUACAAAUUGCCAUUGUCACUGUCAUUGUAAAAACAACGACAACAGCAGCAGUAGCGACAAAAGUUGCAGCAACAUUUCAUCGCUUCCCAAUGAUGAUACGUUGGCUACAAUAGCAACAGCAACUACAACUAUUAAAAGAACGACAAGACUGAGUUUAAGCCGUAACAAUUACAACAAUUCUAAACAUAAUCAGCAGCAGCAACAACAACAACAACAAGAUACAUUACCGUUUAAUUAUGCAACAUCACAACAGCAGCAGGAACAACAACAGCAACCAGAACUCUUGCAUCACAAACGCCGUUAUCAACACUAUCAGCAUUACCAACAACAGCAACAACCACAUCAACAGCGACUGUUAAGCUACAGUCGAACCUUUCUUAUAGCUCUAUGGGUCCUAUCGUUCCUAACAGCAUCAUUGCCAGCAAUACAUGCCACUACACUGUUGCAACACCAGCAGCUCCAUCGACAGCGGCGGCAACUGCAUUCUGAUGAAUUUGCCGAGCAUCUGGCAACGCUGGUCCGUUCGCCGCGACACGCUAGCAACAACAUCAACAAAAACAAUGAAGUCAGACUAUCCCGUAAUGAAACAACUUGUAAAUCUUUGGACAUACGAAACUAUGCAUCGGAAUUUAAACAGCUAGCCAAUUGCACGAUAAUCGAAGGAUUUUUACUCAUCACUCUGAUCAAUGAUGCUAGUCCACUGAACGAAACGUUUCCAUUACUCACUGAAGUCACCGAAUACAUAAUCGUCUAUCGAGUGAACAAUUUGUUUUCAUUAUCGCAAAUCUUCCCCAAUCUGAGCGUGAUACGCGGUAAUACGCUAUUCGAGGGAUAUGCCCUGGUUGUCUAUCAGAAUCGAGAUCUUCAGGAUAUUGGGCUGUCCAGGCUAAGGGCCAUUGCGAGUGGCGGGGUGCGAUUGGAAAGAAAUAUGGCAUUAUGUUUUGCCACAACCGUCGACUGGACGAAUAUAGUGUCGAGGAAUACAACGGAAGAUGAGAUUGUGGUUCGGAUUAAUCGCAAUCCAGAAGAAUGUCCAAAAUGUCCGGGCGAUUCAAAGGGCACUGAUGCGAAGGACAGCAUUGUCUGUAAAGAGUAUGGAUCCUCCAAGCGUUAUUGCUGGAACAAAAAGGCGUGCCAAACAAUUUGUCCCGAGCGUUGCCGAAACAAUUGCAUAGAUGAGCAUACCUGCUGCAAUGAAUCCUGCUUGGGUGGCUGCAUCAACACGCCAUCACAGUGCACCAGCUGUCGCCACUAUUCGAUACACAACAACACGUGCAUCGAUGAGUGCCCACCGAACUACUUCAAGUACGGUCGUCGCUGCAUUACGGCGAAAAUGUGCGAGGACAUUGGCUAUAAGUAUGAGGGCUCCAAGCAAUUCCGACUCGUCCACUUCAAUGGUACAUGCACCGUUCGAUGUCCGCCCGGCUUUAACGUUCGGAACUCGACGUGCGUGAGCUGUGGCGAUAAGUGCGAGAAGGUGUGCGAAGGCCUAACCAUCGACAGCUUGGAGAGAGCCAAGGAUUUAAAUGGCUGCACUCAGAUCGGUACACGGGAGGGUCUGACCAUUGCCAUUAAAAGAGGUGGAACACAAAUGAUGGGCGCUCUGGAAUUUGGACUCAAGUCCGUACACACAAUUAACACAUUUCUGAAGGUGCAUCUCACGUACGGCCUCUCAUCGCUAAGUUUCUUCAAGAGUCUGCGCGUCAUCCGUGGCGUUAGACCGUUUGAGGGCCGCUUCGCUCUGUAUGUGCUGGAUAAUAACGAUCUGGAGGAAAUCUGGGCACCCAACCAGACGGUGCAAAUUUUGAACGGCAGCGUAUUCUUCCACUUCAACUCGAAACUCUGCUACGAAACCAUCGACAAGCUACGUCCAAUGCUGGCCAGCAAGCCCACCCAGUUCAACAAAAAUGAGGUAGCGGUUGAUUCCAAUGGCAACAAGGGCGCAUGCCAUACCGUGAAAUUGAAAAUCGACAGAGUCCAAGUGGGUCAUAGCAUGGCAAUAGUUACGGUUAAUAAUGCGUCCAUACAUUUCGAUGACGAUCGGGCAUUCAUCGGUUACCAGUUCUAUAUUAUGAAGGAUCCCCAACGUAAAGCUACCAAGCAGAGUUAUCUGCCCUGUGAAGACAAAUGGAUGGUUCACGACCCCACAAAGGAGACAGACUUCAUAUUCAAUAAACUGGAGCCAUAUACACAGUACGCCUUUUAUGUGAGCACCAUGACUAUAUCGUCGGAACGGAAGAACGGACAGAGUGAUAUUCAUUACUUCACAACGAAUCCGGCACGACCCACAUAUGUGCAGAGAAUCAGAGCUCGCUCGAACUCUAGCUCCGAAAUUGUGCUAAGCUGGGAUCAACCAAAGAAUGUCUUUGGUAAGCUGACGAAAUAUGUGGUUCGUGCCGUGCUCACACAACGUGAUCCCAAAAUGUGGCAACAGCGAAACUAUUGCUGGGACCCGCUGGAAAAGACCUUUAACAAUGAGGACACCUAUCCGGAACGCCCGAUCGCCGAGAAGAAAGAACCGUCGGCGUCCACCUGCCAGUGCGAUGCCAAUGGUGAGAAUUUUGAUUCGGAGAGUGUUCAAUCCAAGCUUCAGGAUGAGAUCGAGUUCGAGAAUUCGUUACAAAACUUCGUCUAUGUGAGUAACAAGAAGGACGAAGAUGAUUUCGCAGGCGCUGGACCCAAUUCGGACUCAUCCAACAUGUACGACAACAGCAUCGAUGGAGGUAUGGAUGGUGGCGAAAUGAAGAUGCGGCGGCGCAGAGAAGCAAAAGUACUGCAGCGUUUUGAUGACUUCGACGAGGACGAAGGCAAUGGGAGUGUUCUGUUGCGUCACAUACGAGCCGCUGAAGAAAUCGAACCCACAACGGAUACCGAUGUAGAUGCGUGGUUCAACCAGACACGCAUGGAUAGCACCGGCAAGUACUACGAAGUCUAUGUAGCAGCCGUCAAUGCCACCGACAAGGAGUUCGUCUUCUCGCAACUGCGCCACUUUUCGCUCUACACACUCUCCGUGGUGGCGUGUCGGGAGGCCAUUGCCAAUGAUACCCAAAGUUUGUGCAGCGAUGUUAAUCCAGUCGACAAGAUAACCAAUAAGAUGGAAAAUGUGGACGUGGCCAGACACCUCACCCUAACGCUCGAGAAGACAAACACCUCCCGGAGAUUUGUGCGCCUACACUGGGAACCACCGAAGCAACCCAACGGUGCCAUUGUCUCCUACACAAUCGCCCACCAACUGCAGGAGCCGGACGCCGUGGAGGAGAAGAAGUGCAUUACAGAGGCAGACUAUCAGAAUCUGACAAACGGCUAUAUUGUAUCCAAUCUGAACAAGGGCAACUAUAGCUUUCGGUUGCGUGCCAAUUCUCUGGCCGGCGAGGGCGAAUAUACGGAACGCGUCUUUAUCUAUGUGCCGCCACCGGAUACUAACAUACUAGCUUGGGUGCUCAGUAUCGUAAUCGUUGUAAUACUUUUAGGCGUCUUAUUCGCCUUCUUCUACGUGCAGCACAAAAAGAAAACGCCGCACUCACUGAUCAUGAAUCCCACGGUAAAUCCCUUCUAUGUCAGUCUGCAGUAUGUCGCCGAUGACUGGGAGGUGGCCCGCGAUCGCAUCAUUCAAUUGCGACCCCUGGGUCAGGGCUCCUUCGGCAUGGUGUACGAGGGUAUACUGAAGAGCCAUCAGAAUGCUGGUGAGGACACGCCCUGCGCCAUUAAGACGGUCAAUGAGAACGCCACAGAUCGGGAGCGUACGAACUUCCUGAAUGAGGCGAGCGUCAUGAAGGAGUUCGACACAUACCAUGUCGUUCGCCUGUUGGGUGUAUGCUCGCACGGUCAACCCGCUCUGGUCGUCAUGGAGCUAAUGAAGAAUGGCGAUUUGAAGUCCUAUUUGCGUGCCCAUCGUCCCGACGAACCGGACGAUGUGCUCGCCAAUUAUCAGCAACGUAUUGGCCUUCAAGCCGGCAAUGUGCAGCCGCCACCCUAUAGUCGCAUCUAUCAGAUGGCCAUUGAGAUAGCCGACGGCAUGGCCUAUCUGGCGGCCAAGAAAUUCGUGCAUCGCGAUCUUGCGGCACGCAAUUGUAUGGUGGCGCACGAUCUGACGGUGAAGAUUGGCGAUUUCGGCAUGACGCGCGACAUCUACGAGACGGACUAUUAUCGCAAGGGUACAAAGGGAUUGCUGCCCGUACGGUGGAUGCCGCCGGAGAGUUUACGCGAUGGCGUCUACGCCAGCUCCAGUGAUGUCUUCAGCUAUGGCGUAGUGCUGUGGGAAAUGGCCACACUCGCCUCCCAGCCCUAUCAGGGUCUGUCUAACGAGCAGGUGCUGCGCUAUGUUAUCGAUGGCGGCGUCAUGGAGCGUCCAGAGAACUGCCCCGACAUGCUUUACACGCUGAUGCAGAGCUGUUGGCAUCAUCGGCCCUCGGCACGCCCCACCUUUAUGGAGAUUAUUUCGUAUCUGGAGUCUUCGGCUGAUCCGCAUUUUAAGGAGGUGGCCUUCUGCUACACAGAUAUGGGUCAACAGUUCCGGGAGAAGGAGCGCAAGGAUCGCGCCCAACAAGGUAGUGCUGUCAGCGCCGAUGUCUAUGCCGAUAAUGGCGAGGCGGAGGAGGAUACAGCACCCUUGCGUGUUCACAAAUUCCAUCACGGCUACAAUUCUUCGGUGGAGCAACAGCGCGCCGAGAGUCCGGUGGUCUUAGACGAGGAACAACCGCAUUCUCCCUUCAGCAUGCACUCGGCCUACAUUGUAAGCAGCACGCCCGAUGGUCAGUCGAAGAAUAGCUAUAAUCUGUCGCACAAUAAUCCCACACUGAUGAGCUCGUUGCCCUCCACAUCAAUGGGUGGUGGCGGCGGCGGUGGUGGUGGUGGUGGCAGCCAACCCACUCCCAGCCAACUACAGCAGGUGCCACGACCCUAUUUCGGACGUACAGCGACCAUUAGUCAGGGGGAUGACGAUACCUCCGCAUAUGUGCAGCCUGACAGCGACUGUCUGGCCAGCGCCUCGCAAGGCACCGACGACCGCGGCUACGAGCUCUACGAUCCCAGUCCCCACUUCCCCAAAAUGCCGCACUACAAUCCCUCCAGCAGCAGCAGCAAUACGAACCACACCAGCAGUGCCGCCACCAGUGCGGGUGGAGGCCACCACCUUGGCACCAUCGAGAGUGGGGGCAGUGGCAGUGCGCGCAGUUAUACGCCGCGCUUCUUUACGCCCACCGCCACGCCCCUGCCCCCCGGCGGCAUAAUCAGUGAUAAUCCCAACUAUAAACUGCUAGAAGAAUCUGGCAAUAGUUCGGCCACAAUUGUAUCCAAAUCCCCUCCCGCACGCCUAGCCGCAACGAGUGCCUCCCAAAUCACAGAAUUGAGUGAGAACCCCACAUACCAGAUGAUGGGCGGUACGGCCGCCCCCCCACGUUUUCCUUCCAAGCUGUGUUACCCGGCCAGCUACGACGACGAAUCCAACGAGGAUGAUGAUGAUAAAGAUGACGACGAUGAGGAAGACAAUGGACACAUCAAAACGGAACUCGUGCCCCUAAGUCGACUCUUCACGGGACGUUCGAGGAAGGCACAUAUUGUUGGGGGCAUGAUGAAUCAGCAACGAAGCCGAAGCGCCAGUCGGUCUCGCAAAGGCGCCAAACCCUCGAAUGCCGCCACCGAAGCGGCCACAACGGGGCAGUCCUCAGGUGGGAGCGGUGGUGCCAGUAAUGUGUCCAACCUCUUAAAAGAGAAUUGGUUGCGGCAAGCGUCCACAAACUGCCCACCACCACCCAACGGUUUUAUAGGUCGCGAGGCGUAAAAGAAUGCCAAAACGCUUCCAGCCACUGAAAGGGUCCUUUUUUGUUUGUAUAUACUUUAUAUAUAUAUAUACAUGCGAGUAUAUAUACUUUAUUGUACAUACACAAGAGUAUAUGCAUAGAUCGGUUAUAUACAUGUAUAUCCACAACUGUGUAAAUAAGUAUCGAGCGUCGCCACAAAACUGUUGCCCUUUGCCAAACAGUCACUAUUCCCGACCUUCUGCUCCCUCUCGCUGGAUCAUGUGCAAAUAAUUUGCGCACAAACUCGUUCAAUUUUACAAACAGGAAUGGAUCUUUGCAUGGACGAAAGUUUUCGGUUCGGCAUGCAUGUUCAAUUGUUUGAAAUUUGAACUGAAAUUUGUGUGCAAAUUGUUUGGCUGUGUGACCAUAGCAAUUACUUUGUAUAGAACAAUUAAGUAUAUUUAUGUUUUAUAUUAAGUAUUUUAUUUUCUAUACCGUACAUAUAUAUCAAAGUAUAUGUAUAUAGAGAAAUCAGAAGAAAAAAAACAACAACAACAAGAAGCAAGAAAACAAACGAAAGUCCUACUACAUGCAAAUAACAAAAAGUACAAAAAGCCAACAACCAACCAACCUAGGUACCGUUUUUUUUUACCACAUACAACAUACUACAAACAAACAAACAAACAUAAAAUAUAGGCAUAAAAUACAUACAUACAUACGUACAUAAAUCAAUGACUAAAUAAAUGAAAUAAAUAAUAGAAAUAUUUACACGAACGCUAUUCAAUUAUUUUAUAAUAAUAAUAAUAAUAACAAUAGCAAAGCAGAAAGUUUCUUAGU